CUUCGAUUCACCCCAUUGGAGUGCACAUACGUACGUGUCCUUCAUGAGUGUUGUCCAACCAGCCGACGAACAAAGAAGCGUUUCAAUCUUUAGCUUACGCACCUGCACAUAUAGUAUACACAUCGAUGUCAUGCCACUACACAGACAUACACACUGAUCGAUUCACCGUCCAUACAUCACAAAUAGGUAGACAAUGAGGCGGUACACACAAGAAAGUCAACACAAACACGUCCAUUUCAUGCUACAGUGCAGACGCAUUACUCCACACCACUGAUCGAUCCAACUAGCUUUGCACAUCAUGAUCAGCAACACGGGCACCACCAGCAACCGCUCUUUGUCUGUUGGGCUGCAGCUGGGGAAGGCAUGGCGGCCUGCAGCCCACAGAACUCAUUCCGCGGCGGCUGAGAGCAGAACUUGCGAUGUUCAUCCACAAACCUACCGCACACACAUCCGAUGUGACACACACACAUAGAUGGAUGGAUUGCACCUCCUGCCGGUGGCUCACGUUUGUUUGUCGUUGGCGAAUCGUGCGGCCCGGCUGUGCAGUGCGUCUGCGAGGAAGGUGAAGUGAAGGUGAGAGCGAUAUGUCCACGCCGGCGGGAUAAGUCCUCCUCUGUUUGGACGCCUGAUGGGCGCCUUCCUCGGCAGCGGUCCGUGUGGUGCCGUAGGUGCGCCACUCGUAGCCGUGAGCGGGCGAAAAGCGCCACAGCCCCCUCAGCGUCUCAAACCACUCAUCUGAACCACACACACAUGACAGAUCAACACAGACAGAGAGAGUGGGCAUCGGUCUCGGCUGCUGACAGAGGCUGGUGGCCGUCUCAGUGAGCCGUUUGUUGAGCGGCCGCAGCAGAGAUGGCGCCUCGUAAAUCACACUGUCCAACACAAUACGACUGCACCACACACACACAGAGAGAGACCACACAGCACACAACCAGUGGUGAAGCAACCAGCUGUGAGUCAAUGUCAUGAGUCAAUCAGUCGGUCAGUGUACGUUUGCAGUGUGCGUGACGUUGGUCUUUCUCGUCAGUCUGGCGGUGAUCCAGAGGUCUGAUGGAGAAGCUGAUGAGUCCCCGCGGCUGCAGCUCAUCGAUGGGAAUCGGCUGCACCACUCAGUACUCGAGGCCGUCCAAACCACUGCAAACACACACACAAGCAAACACACUCACAUGGGUCACAGCGCUGUUGUCUUGCCGCUCUCUGCUUGUCUGUUUGACUCACUCAGGCGCCUCUUCGCCUCUCAGCAGCCGCUCGCAAGACAGCUUGCAGCUUCAUUCAUUCAUUCAUUCAUUCACUCCUCGUGUGUGUUUGUCAUUGUCCUGUAUGCGCUGCCGCCUCACAAGAGC